AAAAAGGAGCUCUUGAGAAUUAAAGACUUGAGAGCAGAAAAGAAAAACUAAAUAGCCAGGUAGAAAGAUGAAAAUAAGGUGGGCUGUCAGAAAAUAGGACAAAACGAUGAAGAGUUGGAAAAUAGAAAAAAAUACGAAAAAUUUAGAGCACUGGGUCAGGAGGUUCUACAACCAUAAAAAGGGGUCCGAGAAAGGGAAAUAGAAAAAAAGGACCAAAAUCAUCAUCUGAAUAAUUCAAGAAUUUUUCCAUAAUUGAAGGAUAUGAGCUUCCAGAUUAAAAGAAGUCAGCCAGAUGGAUGAAAGUAGACCCAGGAUAAGGCAUAGAAUUAUGAAAUUGCAAAAACUAAGGGGCAAAGAAAAGCUUUGAGAGAGAGAAAAAUAUUGGCCACAUGGAAAAUAAUCAAGAUCCAAAUGUCUUUGAAUUUAAGCAGUAACUCUACAAGCUAGAAGACAAGGGAAUGAUUUCUUCAGAAUUGUGUGAGACAAUGUUUUCUAACUAAGAAUUCUUACCCAGCAAAACUAUACAUCGAGGAUGGGGAAUAAAUAGUGUGAAGACAUUUUAUACAUGCAGAAUUGCCAAAAACCUUUUCUCCCACGCACUCUUUCUCAGAAAACUGCCGAAGGCUGUAUUUUACCAAGAUAAGGGUGGUAACCAAAAAAAAGGAAAAUAGCCAAUAAAGGAAACAGGAGACUCAUCAAAAGAUAAGAAGGAAGGCUCCAGGAUGGUGAUAAAGAUCUCAGAAGGCUAGCUGUGUACCAGGAGAAGACAGCAUCCAGGCAUUGGAGACAUUUGUUUCUGAGUCAAAGCUGUCUACAAAACCAUGGCUAACACAAGAACAGUACUUGAUGCUGAAGAGUACCCUGACACUGAGGUACAGAAAAGCCGAGUGCUAACUCUGGAAGAAUGGCAAGAAAAGUGGGUGAAUCACAAAAUUGCAUUUCACCAAGAACGAGGACAUCAGCUAUUAAAGAAGCAUUUGGAUACUUUUCUUAAAGGCGAGAAAGAACUGAGAGUAUUUUUUCCUCUUUGUGGAAAAGCAGUUGAGAUGAAAUGGUUUGCAGACCGAGGACACAGUGUAGUUGGCGUGGAAAUCAGUGAACUUGGGAUACGGGAAUUUUUUAUGGAGCAGAAUCUUUCUUACUCAGAAGAACAAAUUAUGGAAAUUCCUGGAGCCAAAGUAUUCAAGAGUUCUUCAGGGAACAUCUCAUUGUACUGUUGCAGUCUUUUUGAUCUUCCCAGCUAUGCAGAUAUAAUGUUGUCCCUAACAAGAACUGGGUUUCAGUACCUCUUGUCUGUUUUUUCUUACGAUCCAACUAAACAUGCAGGUCCACCAUUUUACAUUCCAGAUGCUGAAAUUAAAACAUUGUUUGGUUCAGUGUGUGAUAUUCAUUGUCUGGAGAAGGUUGAUGCUUUUGAAGAACGACAUAAAAGUUGGGGAAUUGACUACAUUAUUGAAAAGUUAUACCUAUUUAUAGAAAAGUAAAUGAGAUGUAAAUAGAUGCAAGUAAUAUCAACAUGUUUUUGAGCAAUUGAAAAUUGUCCUAAGGCAUGAAAAUAUAAUAGAUGACUUUUGGAAAAAAAUCCUUCACAAAUCACAUCACAGAUCUUUGCUCAAAAAUGCUUAUAACUUUUUAGGAAAAAAAAACACGUACUUUGGAAAAGAGAGUGUGAUUGGGGGGAGAAAGAUUAUACCUGUGUGUCUUACUUACAGAUUGAAAGAAUAUUUUACAAUCAGCAUGUAUUACUUGUAUAAUUAAAGAAUGAAAGAGAAAUAUAAUGCAUAUAACUUAAAUAUAAUAGAAACAUUGGCAUUCUUCAUGAAAUUUAGAACCAUUGAGUAAAUGUAACACUUUAAUGGGGUCCAAGGUAAAUGAUAGUGGUCUAAGACAUUACAUAAACAUUAAUUUUUACUAUAAACCCUCAUAUUGUACUCAAUCCUAUCACUCCUUUUCACAUUUUUUCUCCUUAUAUAAUUUUAUGUGUGACAGAAUGAAGUAAUAAACUUUUAAAUUAAUGAAAUUAACCAAUCUAUAUGGAAAAAAUAUUUUUCCCAAACUGUAAAAAGAAAUUAUUUUUAAAAGUUGUUUUCUGUGUUUGGCAGUUUUUUGUUUCUCAUCAUUUAAUCUUGUUUAAAUGAUAAAGUCUUACAAAGUGCAGUGUACUUAGGGCUGGAUUCAUGUCUGUUCAUUAUGAAAGU